AUGGCCGACGACGACGACAAGCGCUCCUUGAGAGCUCGAAAGCGACCAACGACCGCACACGACAACAGCCUCAAGGCCAUCCGCUAUGAAGACGCUGAAGAUGGCGUGCCGCCCGUGCCUGUCUCCUCCAUAAACCCGCCCAAAUCCCCGGCAACGUCGACGGUGGCAGCUUCGUUACGAGAACAGAUGAGUGCGCGACGCCCACGAACCUCGCCCUCGCCGAGCCCACGCGUACCCUCUACAGCGGCGUUUGAAGAGGUCAAGCGCGACUCAGGCAUUGCGCCUUCUGUCUCAACCGCGGGCCGCGCCUCCUACGCCGAAAGCAACAACAGCCCCUCGGUUGCGGGCGCAGCAAAGGAGCCAAAUCUACCCACAAUCGUUGUGCAGGAUGAGGAGCCGGCAGCUCCAGUCAGGAGAAGCAAAUCACCGUUCGCAAGACCGAAAUCGCGCAAGACGAUGGCGGAAAGGAGAUCGCACUCGGCACCAAGGGGUAUUGCGCGCAUCGCGAGCUUCAAGGGCAUACAGUCGAAUAUCCCGAGUGGAAGUCUAGAUGAUAUCGAUCUAGAGGAUCUAGCGUCGGAUAAAGUGGGGUUUUCGAAGAGAGGGAGUCUGCUGCUAGGUGGGAAGAAGAUGAAUGGAUUGCUUGCGUCGCAGGAAGCCAGACGGAAGGGAGCGAAGGGGAUUGUUAGCCAGCCUUCUGCGAAGGCGAGGGAAGCCCCAGUGGAGAGUGCGAUAGAGCAGACCAAGCAGGUGCAGAGCGAGCGGGCAGUGAGCCCACCUGUUCCAAAAGUCCGAGACAAUUCACCGGAGGAUCAGGAGUCAAGAGAUGGAUCACCAGCCUCAGGACUGCUUUCAGGUCGGAGGAAGCCAAGUAUACAGAUGCUCCAUGCAGCUAUACAGGGUGGUCGCGUGCUUUCAGCCGAAGAAAUAACAUUCUCGAUGAAAGUGCGUAGCAUGUAUGACGCUGGCGACGAGCGGGCAGCGGAAUGGGUGGCCCCGGUGCGGAGUGGUGAGAACGCGCAAGGCGAGGCGAGUGGGAGCAGUACGCCUGAUGCCAGCAUUGACGGGAUUGUCGUGGGCAAGCAACGAAAGAAGAACCAAAACGUUCACCCGGCGUUGAGGGCGCCUUCGCCAGAGCCGCGAGUGAGCUACUACAAGGAGCCGAACGAGCUGGCUGGUGGCAUUGAGGACUGGGAAGAUGUUGAAGGAGCUGAUGUUGAUCGGUAUGGAUUUAUCCACCAAGCACGGGCAGGCACUCCUACCUCUCCGUCCAUGGGUAUGCAGCGUGUCGCUACAUCUCUACGAAUGGAAUCAGACCAGCCGAGGAAAGCACGCGGUCUACGGCGAGGCCCUUCCACAGCAACAAGAGCGUCAAGAUCUGUCCCUCCACGCCCAAGCCAAGAUAACACCAUCCGGAAUGGCUCCCUGCACAGCGUCUCAUCUAACAGAUCGACCGGCAAGCUCCACUCCGGCAACCCCUUCCGCUCGCGCACCCGCAAAACCCUCGACGAAGCCGGCGACAUGCUCACCCUCCCACCGGGCCUCGCCGACAUAGCCGAGCAAGAGGACUCCGGCCGCACCGCCUCGAUCAUGAAACGCCGCGAAUGGCAGCGCGAAAACAAAUGGCAAAGCAUGGCCCGCCCGAUCCCGGACCACCAGCGCUCUAGUGACAAAGGCGGCGGCAUGCGCUUCGACUUCGACACUUCGGACCAGAAACUCGUCAGCAGGACGUGGAAAGGCAUCCCCGACCGCUGGCGCGCGACGGCUUGGUACAGCUUCCUCGCCACCAGCGCGCGGAACCGCGGCAUCACCGUCUCCGAAGACGAGUUGAUCGAGCGCUUCUUCGCGCUGCAAGACGAGAGUUCCGCCGACGAUGUUCAGAUCGACGUCGACGUCCCCCGGACGAUCAACAUGCACAUCAUGUUCCGCCGUCGUUACCGCGGAGGACAGCGCCUGCUCUUCCGCGUCUUACACGCGAUUUCCCUCCAAUUCCCCGAAACAGGGUACGUGCAGGGAAUGGCCUCACUCGCUGCCACCUUAUUAUGCUACUACGACGAAGAACGCGCGUUCGUGAUGCUCGUCCGGCUCUGGCAGCUGCGCGGGCUGGAGCAGCUUUUCCAACAUGGCUUCGAAGGGCUGAUGCAGGCGCUGGCGGAGUUUGAGCACCAGUGGUUGCAAGGCGGGGACGUGGCGAGGCGGUUGGAGGAGCUGGGGAUCGGGAGUACGGCGUAUGGGACCAGAUGGUACCUUACGUUGUUUAAUAUGAGUAUUCCUUUCCCGGCGCAGUUGCGGGUUUGGGAUGUCUUCAUGCUGUUGGGAGACGCGGCGGGGGGUGCUCCCGGGGGUGGCGAGGCCAAGUUCGGUGGAGCGGAUCUGGACGUCCUCCAUGCGACGAGCGCGGCGCUGAUCGAUGCCACGCGCGAAAUCAUCCUGGACAGCGACUUUGAGAACGCGAUGAAGGUGCUCACGUCGUUUGUGCCGGUCAAGGAUGAGGACUUGUUGAUGCGGGUCGCGCGGACGGAGUGGAAGUUGAGGAAGAAGAGGGGGUGA